UUCAACAAUUAAUUUUAUAAUAUUAACAAAAAUAAAUUAAUUAAAAAACAUUAUAAACAUAAAAACAACAUUUUCUUAUAUGUAAAGUUGGAGCAAGUGUAAAUCUGUAGCCAGUCAGACAUGAAUACAAACGCAUUUGUGGAUAAUAACUUGAUUCAAUCAUGUUGAGAAAGAAAAGCGAAAAAAGAAAUGCGUGGCGUGAAUAGAUUGGUGUUGCGGACACCGUGUUCCCACUCUCGCAACAUGUGUACGUUCACAUCGACAAAGCUGAACUACAUGAUCGACACUUACAUACACGACAACAACAUAAACCAAGCUCGUAAACUGUUCGAUGAAAACCCCUCGUCCCGCAACCUUGUUUCCUGGAACAUGAUGAUGACAGCAUACGUUCAACGCCAUCAAAUCGAACAUGCCCACGACCUGUUCGAUCAAAUGCUCCUUAAAGACGCCGUUUCCUGGAACAUCAUGCUUUCUGGUUUUCACAGAACCAGAAAUUCUGAUGGGUUGUACCACUGUUUCUUGCAAAUGGGUAGAGCUGGUGUAGCCCCCAAUGACUAUACCAUAUCCACAUUGCUCAGAGCAGUUAUAGGUACUGUGUUGGAUUUUCUGGUCCACCAGGUUCAUGCUCAAGCACUGCACUUGGGACUUAACUUGAAUGUGUUUGUUGGGUCUUCGUUGAUUAGAGCUUAUGCAAGUUUAAGAGAGGAGGAUGCUUUAAAGCGAGUGUUUGAUGAUAUAUUGGCGAAAGAUGUUACAUCUUGGAAUGCUUUGGUUUCGGGGUAUAUGGAAGUGGGAAAUAUGGUUGAUGCUCAAACAACAUUUGAUGUGAUGCCCCAGAGAAACAUAAUUUCCUGGACUAGUUUGGUGAAUGGUUAUAUCAGGAACAAGAGAAUAAACAAAUCAAGGUCUGUUUUUAACAAAAUGAGUGAGAAGAAUGUGGUGUCUUGGACUGUAAUGAUUAGUGGGUAUGUGCAAAAUAGGAGAUUCAUGGAUGCAUUGAAGCUUUUUCUUCUGAUGUUUAAGUCAGGAACUCGUCCCAAUCAUUUCACGUUUUCAAGUGUGUUGGACGCAUGUGCUGGAUGUUCCUCUCUUCUGAUGGGAAUGCAGGUUCAUAUGUGUGUUAUCAAGUCUGGCAUACCAGAUGAUGUUAUCUCAUUGACCUCGCUUGUGGAUAUGUAUGCAAAAUGUGGGGAUAUGCAUGCAGCAUUUUGUGUUUUUGAGUCCAUUUUGAAUAAGAAUUUGGUGUCAUGGAAUUCGAUAAUUGGCGGUUAUGCUAGGCACGGGCUAGCUACUCGGGCGCUGGAGGAGUUUGAUAGGAUGAAAAAAGCUGGCAUUACACCUGAUGAAGUUACAUUUGUGAAUGUGUUGUCAGCAUGUGUGCAUGCUGGUCUUGUUGAACAAGGUGAAAAGCACUUCGCAGCUAUGCUAACCAAGUAUGGAAUUCAAGCAGAGAUGGAGCACUAUACUUGCAUGGUGGACCUCUAUGGAAGAGCAGGGAAAUUUGAUCAGGCAGAAAAGUUGAUCAAGAAUAUGCCAUUUGAGCCUGACGUGGUGUUAUGGGGUGCAUUACUUGCAGCUUGUGGCCUGCAUUCAAAUUUAGAACUUGGAGAGUAUGCGGCAGAGAGGAUCCGCAAACUGCAAAGCGAUCAUCCCGUAUCUUAUUGGAUGCUUUCAAAGAUCCAAGGUGAGAAAGGAAUAUGGAGCAGUGUAAAUGAGUUGAGGGACAUGAUGGAAGAGAGACAAAUCAAAAAGCAGAAGGCAGUUAGCUGGGUUGAGUGAUAAAGAUAAUGUGCAAUUUAUGAGAAAAUAUGUUGCCAAAGUCUCAUUCUUUUCUGGCUCUUUCUAUUUUUUGUCAAAGUCUUUCUUUUUUGGCUCUUUCUACUGCAAUGAAUUCCUGAGGUAUAUAUAAUACAGCCCAAUUAAUGUGGGAAUCUUUGUUAUGAAGAUCCUCAAGCCAUCGGCAAGGUAAUAUGACAGGUGCACUACUAAAUACGUUUUCCCUGCCUGGCUUCUCAUAUGUAAAUCAAACGCCUAUUUCUUGAGGAUUUCUGAAGUCUGAAUUGCUCUUA